UCGUAAAGUCUUAAGUCGGGUCAAGAUCAUUACAAUCACAAACUCAAUACACCAUCUUCAAGAAUCCUUCAACUUAUCAGAAUUUCAUUCUGCUGCAGAUUCAAUUCAAUAGCCACAUAACAACUCAGAAUCACACAGAUUAAACAAAGCAUAUCCACUCACAGAAUCACAAUCAAUUACUUGAAACCAAUGGGGUUUGAGAAUGAAGCAGGUUCAUCAUCUUAUUCACUACCACCUUACCCACGAGAAGAUACUCCUCUUCUCGCCAAGGCACCACCUCUCUCUUCCAAAUUCAAGACCUUCGCAAACAUCUUCAUCGCCAUAGUAGGCGCUGGAGUCCUUGGCCUACCCUAUAGCUUCAAGAGAACGGGUUGGGUCAUGGGGUUACUCAUGCUCUUCAUAGUUGCGUUUCUCACAUACUACUGCAUGAUGCUCCUUGUUCGCACUCGCCGCAAGCUCGAAUCCAUCAUGGGGUUCUCCAAAAUCGGUUCUUUUGGCGAUCUGGGCUUCGCCAUCUGUGGCCCAUUUGGUAGAUUCCUCGUUGACGCCAUGAUCGUGCUUUCUCAAUCAGGGUUCUGUGUGAGCUACCUUAUUUUCAUUUCCACCACUUUAGCGUUUCUCACCGGAGAAACGGCGCCGGUUUUUCUUGGUUUGACGCCGAAGGUUUUGUUUCUGUGGGCUUGUUUUCCGUUUCAAUUGGGGUUGAAUUCUAUUCGUACUCUGACCCAUUUGGCUCCUUUGAGUAUAUUUGCUGAUGUUGUUGAUAUUUCAGCUAAGAGUGCUGUGAUGGUGGAGGAUGUGUUUGUUUUUCUGAAGAAUAGGCCUGCUUUGGAGACUUUUAGGGGUUUCUCUGUGUUUUUCUAUGGGAUAGGUGUGGCUGUGUAUGCGUUUGAAGGCAUAGGAAUGGUUUUGCCCUUAGAAUCUGAGACUAAGGACAAAGAGAAAUUUGGUGGAGUCUUGGCUUUGGGGAUGACUUUUAUUUCUCUCUUGUUUGGUGCUUUUGGAGCUUUGGGUUACUUUGCUUUUGGUGAAGAAACCAAAGAUAUUAUCACUACUAAUCUGGGUCCAGGGCUGAUAAGUGCUCUGGUACAGUUAGGCCUUUGCAUCAACCUGUUCUUCACUUUUCCUUUGAUGAUGAACCCUGUUUAUGAGGUGGUUGAGAGACGGCUCUGUGCCUCUAGAUACUGCUUGUGGCUGAGGUGGUUGAUUGUGUUGUUGGUAAGCUUGGUGGCACUUUUGGUGCCUAAUUUUGCAGAUUUUAUAUCCCUUGUAGGAAGCAGCAUCUGUGUUGUUCUUGGCUUUGUAUUGCCUGCUAUGUUUCAUUGUAUAGUUUUCAAGGAGGAGUUGGGUUGGAGAUGUCUAGUUUUGGAUGGAGCAAUUGUGGUCUUUGGAUUCGUUAUUGCAGUUUCCGGAACCUGGACUACCUUAAUGGAGAUUUUUUCCCCUAAGGCCUGAUUUGGUAGAAAACCUCUUUAUUCCAGUUAUAUUGGAAACAGCUGUGCUUGAUGAAAUUCAGAUUUUUUUUAUGUUAAAAUGUCACAUGCCGAUAGAUAAACUUGGUUUUCCUUAAUGGAGCAGGAACUAUUUUACUUAGGUUCUCUAUGAGAUUUGAUGCUGCUCUGAAGUAUUUUGUUUACUGAAUAUGAUAAUGUUCAUCUGUAAUAAUAGAGCUACCUAUUCUUUGUUGUGGUUAUGCUGUUAUUUUUUGGUAAAAAUUACCGCUCAAGUUUCUAUUUUUGGACUGGCAGUUCCUUUUUGUUGGAAUUGAAUAUAAGAAAUGUGUAAAGAAAAGGUAAGAUAUG